UCAAAAUCUUUCAUUCGUAAUCAGAAAACUCGAUCUAUUCUCUAAUAUUUUAAAAAAUUCCUAAACCUAGAAAAUCAAUUUUGUUCCUAAAAACCAAAAUCAAUUCAUUUAAUAGCUGAUGGGUUUGUUGAUUAUCAUCAGUUCCUAUGGCCAUUCAUAUGAGUCGCAAUAUCCUCUGAAAUGGUAACAGCUACCAGGAUGUUUCUUUAGAAGAUGCUUACGAAAUAUGGUAUCCCAAGGCAGCAACAUCAUGUGGAUUUUGCAAGAAUAUGGGAGGCUUGUGUACCACUGAAGAGGGACUGGUGGUGUCUCAACCAAUAAGAUUCAAUCGCUCUUGCACACCUCUACAGCAAGCCACUAUCAAAAAUAUUCGUUGGGGAAAUGGAUAACCAGGUUAAAGGGUUUAUGAGCAACGACUUUCGAGAACUUGCUUUUUUUAAAUUUUUGGUUUUCACAUAUAGGGGGAGCUAACGUUUAUGCAGAUUUCUUAGCUAAAUAAUGAAGCAAAUAGUUCAGCGCCUCCCUGAUAGGAUCCCCCAGCUGCAAUACAUACUGCAAUGUGGCAUUUCAUGAUCGACAAUGACACUUGCCUUAUUCUGAACGAAAAUGUUUCUUUUUAGGUAUGACAAGCGGAAGUAUGAUCUAAUUUUAAAGCAUGAGUAAGGAGUACCCAUAUGUUUACAAAAAGUCUGGAAACAAAUGAUAUCGUGCUGGAUGGAAACUGGUCCUAUAGUUCGCAAAGAAAGAUGCUUCUUGAAACAACUUGAAACCAAACAGGUGUUCCAUCUAGAAACACAUCAGGAGCACUCAUGUCUGCUCCAGGCUCAUCAGAAAGGAAUCAAUCUACUUCCGCCCUCAUGGAAAGGAUCCCUAGCAAAUGGCCACGUCCAGAAUUGCAUGCUCCAUGGAGGAAUUACAGAGUCAUAAGUGGUCAUUUGGGGUGGGUGAGAUCUAUUGCAUUUGACCCUAGCAAUUCGUGGUUUUGUACCGGCUCUGCAGAUCAUACAAUAAAGAUAUGGGACCUAGGAUCUGGAAGGCUAAAGCUCACGUUAACAGGACAUAUCGAGCAAGUUAGGGGUAUUUAUUUGGCUGAGAUGAAAUCUGGUAGUGACAGGACAGAAGCUGCUGAGAGUACGUUGUGGGCUUACAAGUCUACUCAGAUGUACGCAGUCGAUGAGGAGAUGCCCAGCCAUUAUGGAAGGCAAUUGCGGGUCAUGUUUCCAUAUAAGGUGCCAAUAGUACCCUCAGAUUCUGAUUGAUCUGCCAUUAACACAUUGAAUUUUACCAUUAACUUCAACUUCUACCUCAUUUCAGGCCUCAACUUAAAUUUUAGAUUAACAUUUUUUACGAAGUAAGUGUUCUGUUGCGAUUUUUUUUUAUUUCAUAUGU